AUGACUUUGCUUUCAUCCAUUCUCGGCCUCCGUCGCGAUGAACGACUCCUUAAAAUCCCGCCGUACCUCUCCGCGCUGCUUGUCAUAGUCGGUUGCGUUUGGCUAUGUCUGCUACCACUGGACGAAUAUUCUCGAAAGACGUAUAUAUCUGAAAAUGCGCUGCUGCCUGGCCAAGUGCAUACAUAUUUUGGUGGAAGUGAACACAACGUGUUCAGAGCAUACCGGCAUGAAGUAGCUGGACUUGUAGGCAAGUCGGAACAAGAGCGGUCACAGAAACUCGGAGAUAUUCUUCGAUUGGCAGGAUUGAAAGUUGCUACACAGAAGUACGAGUACGAUGUGUCGGGUCGUAAACUAUCUGGUGAGAAUGUAUACGCAGUCCUGCAAGGUCCCCGCGCGGAUGCUACAGAGGCUGUAGUCAUGAUAGCUUCCUGGAAGACUAUGAAUGGCGACAUCAACCAUAGUGGUGUGGCUCUGUUAUUAACACUGGCUCGGUACAUGAAGAGAUGGUCACUCUGGUCAAAAGACGUCAUAUUCCUAAUCUCGGGAGACAGUAGAGAGGGACCUCAAGCUUGGGUAGACGCGUACCACAACGCUGUUCUCCCUGCGUCGGUCGAACCUCUCACAAUCAAGAGCGGAGCACUCCAAGGAGCGGUUGCAAUCGAAUACCCCGCUGGACCUUGGGGUCAUCGAUUUGACAAGCUACACAUUCUUUAUGAUGGUACCAACGGCCAAUUGUCGAACCUUGACCUCUUCAAUACAGCUGUUCAAAUAGCAAGUAACCAGAUGGGUAUAGGCUGCACGCUCCAGCGUAUGUUCGACCACAAGAACACGUAUGAGGAACGGCUACAGACGAUGCUUCGAGGGAUGGUCAAUCAAGGCCUUGGGCAUUCGACCGGACCGCAUAGCAGCUUCAUUCCAUAUCACGUUGAUGCAAUUACCCUACAGACUGUGGGCGAUGGUUGGCAUGACGAAAUGGGCCUCGGGAAAGUCGUCGAGAGCCUGUUUCGCAGUCUAAACAACCUCCUCGAGCAUCUUCACCAGAGCUUUUUCCUAUAUUUGCUUCUCCAAGCCAAGGUCUUUGUUAGUAUAGGGACCUACCUGCCGAGCGCUAUGCUCGUUGCUGCAAAUUUCACGGUGACAUGUAUUGCUCUAUGGGUGCAGAGUGGCAGACCGCUCAAUUCUUCCAAAGCUACUUCAGCAGCAACCCCCGGCGCAAGCAAGGAAGAGAAAAUGGUAGUCAUAAAGGAGAAGAAGUCUGUUGCCCUUGUCCCAGCGUCUACCUUGGCAGUUGUAGAGCGAAAAAUGUUCUUUCCCCUCGCAUACAUCGCGGCGGCUCAUUUCCUCGGACUCAUACCGUUCUAUCUGUUUAAUAACAGUCCCGAACACGUACUCCGGCCCCUCUUUCAUGCGACAACAGCCAUCACACUCGUUCUUCCCAUCAUGACUGCGACCGCGGUCUCUCAAUUUAGACGCCCAACACAGCAAGAAACCACCCUUAUUCAAUGCUUCUCAUUACUUCUACUCGGCAUGUUCUUGUCAGCAUUGGCAACAUUGAACUUCUCGUUGUCAUUCAUAAUUGGAGUCCUCGCGGUGCCCCUGAGCUUCGUGCGACGAAUCCCGAACAGCACCGUCCUGCCUUGUCUCAUGACCGUAAUCUUGACUGCUGUGAGUCCCAUGAUGGUGGCGACACUAGCAACACAACACUGGCACUAUGAUGUUGUGGACCUUCUACUACAGGCGGCUCAAGGCUGGCACAUCUGGGGCAUGUGGACGCAAGUUGUUGUUUGGCUUGUAUGGUUCCCGGCUUGGUUCGCUGGAGCGUCUAUUGUUGUAUGGUCCCUGCCAGGCCUUUGA